GGAACUCGGUGUGUUCAGUCUCCAUUUUAAGAGAACUGCGCAGGAGGAGGAAAAGUUAAAUAAACACCAAGAAGAAGAAACGUUGAGGAGUGUUCUUUUUAAUAACUUCAAGGAAAUCACUAGUGACAAAAUGCCCGCUGCUGGUGGACUCUGCAGGCCGUCGUCACCAAAUUUCGCGCGCGCCCAGUCUCCUUGCUGCUGUCCCUCCACACUAGGACUGAGGAGCUCUGCUCGUAAAAUGAUCCAACCUGUAAAAUGUCAGAAGAUGAGUGUUUAUGUAGAGGAAGAGGACAGAGCAGAGUCUCCAAGAUCCAGAUGUGUGUCUAUGAAGAAUGACUGGUCCAGAUGUGAGCCUCCAUCAUUCAGUCCUGAACCUGGAGCCUCUGACACAAAAGGUCAGAAUCAGAGACAAAGAGCAGAACCUCCAGGACCCAGCUGUCUGUCUAUGAAGAGUAACAGGUCCAAAGAAGAGCCUAUUAACUUCAGUAAUGAACCUGGAGCCUCAGACACAAAAGAAAAGAAGAGGAGUCGUGUUCCUGUGGAGGAGCAGCCGUCCUGCUGUGAUGUGUGUCAGGAGGUUCUGAAGGAUCCAGUCAGAAUCAACUGUGGACACUGGUUCUGCAGACAGUGCAUCAACUCAUACUGGGACCAGUCUGCACCAUCAGGAGACUCCUCCUGUCCCCGGUGUGGGAAACGACCCAGAACCGUCCAAACAGAUGUUGCUCUGCAGAAGGCUUUAGGUGAACAUAAGCUCAGUCUGAGGAGCAGAUGUGAACGUGUGACUGAAGGAGGUGAAACAGGAAGUGGAGUCCUCCUCACCAGCAUCUACACUGAGCUCUACAUCACAGAGGGACAGAGUGAAGAGGUGAACACCCAACAUGAGGUGAGGCAGCUGGAGACAGCUUCCAAGAAGAAGACCCUGCAUGAGGCUCCCAUCAAGGUCCACGACAUCUUUAAAGCUUCCUCUGACCCACACGGACCCAUCAGACUGGUUCUGACCAACGGCGUCGCUGGCGUUGGAAAAACCUUCUCGGUGCAGAAGUUCACUCUGGACUGGGCCGAGGGCCGAGAAAACCCAGACGUCAGUGUUCUGGUUCUGCUGUCGUUCAGGGAGCUGAACCUGAUCAGAGAUCAGCAGCACAGUCUUCUCACGCUGCUCCAUGUUUUCCAUCCAACGCUCCAGAAGGUCCCAGCAGAGCAGCUCGCUGUCCUGAAGCUUCUGUUCAUCUUUGACGGCCUGGAUGAAAGCAGACUCUCACUGGACUUCAGCCACAGGGAGCUGGUGUCUGACGUCACACACAAGUCAUCGGUCAACGUGCUGCUGACCAACCUCAUCCAGGGGAACCUGCUUCCCUCGGCUCUGGUCUGGAUCACUUCCCGACCCGCAGCGGCCCAUCAGAUCCCUCCUACGUGUGUGGACAGGGUCACAGAAGUACGAGGCUUCACCGACGCCCAGAAGGACGAGUACUUCAGGAGGAGAUCCAGCCACGAGCAGCUGUCCAGCAGAAUCAUCUCACACGUCAAGACGUCCAGGAGCCUCCACAUCAUGUGUCAGAUCCCAGUGUUCUGCUGGAUCACUGCUACGGUUCUGGAGCACAUGUUGACUACAGAGCAGAGAGGAGAGCUGCCCACGACCCUGACGGACCUGUACUCACACUUCCUGCUGGUCCUGACCAAGAGGAAGAGGAACAAGUACCAUGAGGGACAUGAGACCAGUCCACAGGAGCUGACGAAGGCUGACAGGGAAGUUCUCCUGAAGCUGGGGAGGCUGGCGUUCAAACAUCUGGAGGAAGGAACCAUCAUGUUCUACCAAGAAGACCUGGAGCAGUGUGGUCUAGACGCCACAGAGGCCUUGGUUCACUCAGGAGUCUGUACUGAGAUCUUCAAGAGAGAGAGUGUGAUCUUCCAGAAAACAGUCUACUGCUUUGUUCAUCUGAGCGUUCAGGAGUUUCUGGCUGCUGUUCACAUGAUGCACUGUUACACCAACGAAAAGAUGGAGGAACUGGAGAACUUCAUUAAAUAUUCUCGUAAUUUGUCUCUGAGUCACUUUGUGAGUACAACCAUGUAUAAAUCCCUCCAGAGUACAAGUGGCCACCUGGACCUGUUUGUUCGCUUCCUUCAUGGCCUCUGUCUGGAGUCCAACCAGAGAAUCUUAGGAGGUUUGCUGGGUCACACAGAGAACAGUCCAGAAACCAUCCAGACAAUCAUCAACAACCUGAAGAAGAUGAACAGUGAUAGAAUCUCUCCAGACAGAAGCAUCAACAUCUUCCACUGUCUGAUGGAGAUGAACGACCACUCAGUCCAUCAGCAGAUCCAAGAGUUCCUGAAGUCAGAGAACAGAUCAGAGAGACUCUCUGAGAUCCAGUGCUCAGCUCUGGCCUACAUGCUGCAGAUUUCAGAGGAGGUUCUGGAUGAGUUGGACCUGAACCAGUACAACACAUCAUUGGAGGGACGACAGAGACUGAUCCCAGCUGUGAGGAACUGCAGAAAGGCUCAACUUUCUGGCUGUGGACUUAAAAAGACUCACUGUGAAGUUGUGGCCUCAGCUCUGAAGUCCAACCCAUCACAUCUGACACAUCUGGACCUGAGUCACAACAACCUGCAGGACUCAGUGAAGGUUCUGUGUACUGGACUGAAGAGUCCUCACUGUCGACUGGAGACUCUGAGACUGAGUGGCUGCAGUUUGUCAGAGAUCAGCUGUGAAUCUCUGGUCUCAGCUCUGAAGUCCAACCCGUCACAUCUGACACAACUGGACCUGAGUAACAACAACCUGCAGGAUUCAGGAGUGAAGCAUCUGUGUGGUUUUCUAGAGAGUCGUCACUGUCGACUGGAGACUCUGAGACUGAGUGUGUGUGACCUGUCAGAGAGAAGCUGUGAAGCUCUGUCCUCAGUUCUCAGCUCUCAGUCCUCUAGUCUGAGAGAACUGGACCUGAGUAACAACAACCUGCAGGAUUCAGGAGUGAAGCUACUGUCUGUUGGACUGAAGAGUCCUCACUGUCGACUGGAGACUCUCAGUCUGUCAGGCUGUCUGCUCUCAGAGGAAGCUUGUGUCUCUCUGGCCUCAGCUCUGAGCUCCAACCCCUCCCAUCUGAGAGAGCUGGACCUGAGCUACAAUCAUCCAGGAGACUCAGGAGUGGAGCUGCUGUCUGCUGGAGUCAAGGAUCCACACUGGAGACUGGACACUCUCAGGGUGGAGCCUGGUGGAGUCCGAUGGUUGACACCAGGUCUGAGCAAGUAUUUCUGUCAACUCACCAUCGACACAAACACAGUGAAAGAGAACCUACAACUGUCUGACAACAACAGGAAGGUGACAUGUGUGGAGGAGGAUCAUUCAUAUCCUGAUCAUCCAGACAGAUUUGACUACUGGCCUCAGCUGCUGUGUAGUAAUGGUCUGACUGGUCGCUGUCACUGGGAGGUUGAGUGGAGAGGAGAUGUUGAUAUAUCAGUGAGUUACAGAGGAAUCAGAAGAAAAGGCCGCAGUUAUGAUUGUUGGUUUGGAUGCAAUGAUCAGUCCUGGAGUCUGAUCUGCUCUAAUGUUGGUUACUCUGUCAGACACAAUAACAUAAGAACAUCCAUCUCCUCCUCUGUGUCUGAACGAGUAUCAGUGUAUGUGGACUGUCCUGCUGGUUCUCUGUCCUUCUACAGAGUCUCCUCUGACAAACAGAUCCACCUUCACACCUUCAACACCACAUUCACUGAACCUCUUUAUCCUGGGUUUGGGUUUGGGUUCUGGUCUCCUGGUUCCUCAGUGUCUCUGUGUGAUGUGUCGCAAUGACAGUUUGAUCCUGUCAGAAAUAGUUUAAUCUGUUCGAGUCUGUCUUGUUUUCAGAUUCAUGUAUUAAACCAUUUUUUUUCUGAACCAGUUCUAAAUGAUUCCUUGUGAACUUCUUCUUCUUCCAUCCUUUAAAGAUGGAAGCUCUGAUUAUUCCAGGAUCAAAUGUUGAUGACUUGUUGUGAAGUUGUUUUCCAGUGAAUAUCAGUAUGUUUCAGUUCAACAUGUGACAAACUGUGACAUCAGAGAAGAAUCAACUCAUCUGAAUUAGUGAGAGGCUUCUAGAUGUUCACAGAUGAUUGUUGAAUAAAACAUUGAAUGUUUCUGAUAAUUUUCUGUUCCUCUAGUAGAAGAAAGCGGCUCAGCCUCACAUUAAAGUGCUUCAUUUACCUUUAACAAUAAAUGAUCACAUGUUGUAAUCACAGUAUAGAAAUGUCCAUCACUUUGAACUUUUAAUAUAUUAUAACAAUCAUCUUGAUGUAACAUUAGUCAUAAUAGAUUUAGAGUCACAUGAUGAACCUCCACAUUCUGUAUAUACUGAAGUAUUAAUGUAAUAA